CUUCUAUCCUGGCAGUGAAGUUGUGGAUGUAAUUUAUUUUAUAUACUAAAAUAAUAUUUAUAGCUUUUCUUAAUCAUUUACUUUUGAAAUUAAGAAUUUCUAUAGAUUCAAUCGCGAAAACCGACGGUGAGAAAUUUGUUGGACCAAAAAAAACAGUAGAGGAAUAAAGGAGGUUGGAGGGAGACUAAUCUGCUGCUGUAAAAGAAAGGAAGACGAGGAUAAAGAACAGUCCCUAUCUACCUCGAAACUGGCAAUAAAAGACCUUCACUUAGUUUUGCCUCUUCCCUCCAAAUCCGAAUCCACUAAACCCAAAAGAACCCAAAAGAGAGAGGGCGAAGGUGAAGAAAUCAAAUCAGAGUGAUUGGGUAGUAAUGUUAAACAAUAAUAAUACAAUGGAAAUGGUUGCUUCUCUAUCUCACCCUUUCCAUUGCCCCCUUCGUCUCCGGUAUAAACGAUCGAGCAAUAUUUCUCCACCGUCUCUGUUGCAGUUCCGUGCUUGUAAAGAACCAUUUGUUGGGUGCUCUACAUAUAAACAAGCUGUACUGUGGAAUUCAUAUAACUCUACUCUAAAUGGUGCAUCCUGCAUUCCAAGGAAACAUGUCUGUGUACCAUGGUAUAAUUAUUUACAGGAGUUCAAUCAAACAAUGGUCCAUAAACAAGCUAAAGCUUCCAGACCUGUAGUUGUAAGAUCGGAACUUGCUGGAACUGGGAUCCCAGAUUCUGCCUAUCCAUUAUCAGAUAUUACCUUUGGGUCAAAAGUUAGAGGAAUAGGCUUUUAUGUUGUUACUGCUAUUGCUGCCAUUUUCCUUAUUGUGCUGAUGAUAGCACAACAUCCGUUCGUGCUCUUAUUUGAUCAAUACCGAAGAAAAGCUCAAUUUUCCAUUGCCAAAAUUUGGGCAUCACUGACUGUUGCUCCAUUUUUUAAAAUUGAGUAUGAGAGAUUGGAAAAUCUACCCCCUCCAGAUGUUCCUGCUGUAUAUGUUUCGAACCACCAGAGUUUUCUCGACAUAUAUACUCUUCUUACUCUUGGCAGAAGCUUCAAGUUCAUCAGUAAGACUGGGAUAUUUCUAUUUCCCAUUAUUGGGUGGGCUAUGCUUAUGUUGGGUGUCAUUCCCUUGAAGCGCAUGGACAGUAGAAGCCAAAUGGAAUGUCUCAAGCGUUGCAUGGAUCUACUCAAGAAGGGGUCCUCUGUCUUUUUCUUCCCAGAGGGAACACGGAGUAAAGAUGGAAAAUUAUGUGCUUUCAAGAAAGGUGCCUUCAGUGUUGCUGCAAAAGUUGGAGUGCCAGUGGUACCUAUUACCCUGAUUGGAACGGGGAAAAUCAUGCCCACAGGAUUGGAGGGUAUAUUGAAUCCAGGGUCUGUAAAAGUUAUUAUUCAUAAACCCAUAGAAGGGAGUGAUGCUGCAGUAUUGUGCAAUGAAGCUAGAAGUGCAAUUGCAGACGCACUACAACAUCAAGGCUGAGAAAUCUUCUAUUACUGCAGACUUUCUGGUUCGCUUGAAAUUCUAUCAUGCUUGGCAUAAAGGAAUGAAACCUGAAGUUGCGGAGAUGGCUGAAUCCCGUCGAAGCGAGGCAACUGAAUUACAGCUGAAUCUGAAGAGAUAAUUAAGAAAAUAAAAUAUACAAGAUAGUAUUAGUCUCUGACUUGCAACAAGGGGGAUUUUAAUAACUCAUGAUCAACUGAUGGGAUUACCCUGCUGUAGAUAGCAAAUCUUGUAGAAACUAAUACACAUUGUGUUUGGGUUCUUAAAGCUCUAUGAGUUAUUGACCGAAUGUUUUUUUCCUUA